UGAGGAAAAACAACUAAACAUGGGCAAAGGAGAUCCUAAGAAGUCGAGAUGCAAAAUGUCAUCAUAUGCAUUCUUUGUGCAAACUUGCCGAGAGGAGCACAAGAAGAAGCACCCAGAUGCUUCAGUCAACUUUUCAGAGUUUUCUAAGAAGUGCUCAGAGAGGUGGAAGACCAUGUCUGCUAAAAAGAAAGGAAAAUCUGAAGACAUGGCAAAAGCGGACAAGUUCCAUUAUGAGAGAGAAAUGAAAACCUAUAUCCCUCCUAAAGGGGAAACAAAAAAGAAGUUCAAGGAUCCCAAGGCACCCAAGAGGCCUCCGUUGGCCUUCUUCUUUUUCUGUUCUGAAUAUCACCCAAAAAUCAAAGGAGAACAUCCUGGUCUAUCCAUUGGUGAUGUUGCAAAGAAACUGGAAGAGAUGUGGAAUAACACUGCUGCAGAUGAUAAGCAGCCUUAUGAAAAGCAAGCUGCUAAGCUGAAGGAAAAAUACGAAAAGGAUAUUGCUGCCUACCGAGCUAAAGGAAAACCUGAUGCAGCAAAAAAGGGAGUUGUCAAGGCUGAAAAAAGCAAGAAAAAGAAGGAAGAGGAGGAAGAGGAGGAAGAUGAAGAUGAAGAUGAAGAAGAUGAUGAUGAUGAAUAAGUUGGUUCUAGCACAGUUUUUUUUCUUGUCUAUAAAGCAUUUAACCCCCCUGUACACAACUCACUCCUUUUAAAGAAAAAAAUUGAAAUGUAAAGCUGUGUAAGAUUUGUUUUUAAACUGUACAGUGUCUUUUUUGUAUAGUUAACACACUACCGAACGUGUCUUUAGAUAGCCCUGUCCUGGUGGUAUUUUCAAUAGCCACUAACCUUGCCUGGUACAGUAUAGGGGUUGUAAAUUGUC